AUGGCAGACACAGACCUAUUCAUGGAAUGUGAGGAGGAAGAGCUGGAACCAUGGCAGAAGAUCAGUGAUGUGAUUGAGGAUUCUGUGGUGGAGGAUUACAACUCGGUGGAUAAAACUGCUCCAGCUGGCAACCCGCUGGUUCAGCAGAGUGGGCAGCCUCUGAUCCUGACCCAGAACCCCAGCUCGGGGCUGGGCACCAUGGUGACCCAGCCAGUGCUGCGCCCCGUGCAGAUCAUGCAGAACGCCAACCACGUCACCAGCUCACCAGUGGCCAGCCAGCCCAUCUUCAUCACCACCCAGGGCUUCCCUGUGAGGAACGUGCGGCCGGUGCAGAACACCAUGAACCAAGUUGGGAUUGUCCUCAAUGUGCAGCAGGGGCAAACUGUCAGACCCAUUACCCUCGUCCCAGCCCCAGGUACCCAGUUUGUCAAACCGGCCGUCGGCGUCCCUCAGGUCUUCUCUCAGAUGGCCCAGGUGAGACCAGGUAGCACCAUGCCUGUCCGCCCUGCCACCAAUACUUUCACCACGGUCAUUCCGGCCACGCUCACCAUCAGGAGUACUGUGCCACAGUCCCAGGCUCCACAGCAGAGUAAGUCCACUCCCAGCACCUCCACAACUCCUACUGCAACGCAGCCACCAACGCUGGGACACUUAACUGGGCAGCAGCCAGGGCAGUCCACUCAAGCUACUAACCCCAAAUUAGUGGGGACUGGAAAGAGGCCUGGAGGGACUGGAAAGAGCAGCAGGGAGGUUAAGCUGGUGAAUGCCCUCAACACCUUUCCUUCGUUAGGACAGAGCCCUGGUCCGCUGGUGGUCUCCAACAACAGCCCUGUGCAUGGUGCCCAGAGGUCCAGUGUCUCCGAAUCAUCGUCACUGAAAGUCAGCUCCUCUCCUAUCCCCACCUUCGACCUGCAGGAUGGUGGCAGGAAGGUCUGCCCCAGGUGUGACGCUCAGUUCCGAGUCACUGAAGCUUUAAGAGGACACAUGUGUUACUGCUGCCCUGAAAUGGUGAAAUUCCUCAGGAAAAGAAAAUCUCCCGAAUCUGAACCAAAUCUUCAAGCUGCAAAGCCUCCAUCUCCAGAAAAAAAUCCAUCUGUGGCUUCUCCACCUUCCUCCACCCCUAUACCUGCCCUGUCCCCACCUGCUAAAGGUCCAGAGCCAAGUGAGAACGUGGUUGACUCUACCCAAAGCAAGCUCAUCAUGUUGGUGGAUGACUUCUACUACGGCAGAGAUGGUGGCAAAGUCAACCAGCUCCUCAGCUUCCCCAAGGUCCCGACAUCAUUCAGGUGUCCACACUGCACCAAGAGGCUAAAGAACAACAUCAGAUUCAUGAACCACAUGAAGCACCAUGUUGAGCUGGAUCAGCAGAAUGGAGAGGUGGAUGUCCACACCAUCUGUCAGCACUGCUACAGACAGUUCUCCACUCCCUUCCAGCUCCAGUGCCACUUGGAGAAUGUCCACAGUCCCUAUGAGUCCACCACAAAGUGCAAGAUCUGUGAGUGGGCCUUCGAGAGCGAGCCCAUGUUCCUCCAGCACAUGAAGGACACCCACAAGCCUGGGGAGAUGCCCUACGUGUGUCAGGUCUGCCAGUACCGCUCCUCGCUCUACUCAGAAGUGGACAACCACUUCCGGAUGAUCCAUGAGGACACUCGGCACCUACUCUGCCCCUACUGCCUCAAGGUCUUCAAGAACGGCAACGCCUUCCAGCAGCACUUCAUGAGGCACCAGAAGAAAAGUGUCUACCACUGCAACAAGUGCAGGCUCCAGUUCCUCUUUGCCAAGGACAAAAUCGAGCACAAGCUGCAGCACCACAAAACUUUCCGCAAGCCCAAACAGCUGGAAGGAUUGAAACCUGGAACCAAGGUUACAAUCAGGGCAUCCAGAGGACAACCCAGGACAGUGCCAAUAUCUUCAAAUGACAUGCCACAGGGUGCUGGGCAUGACUCCAACCUGCUAGCAUCUUCUGCUGACCCUCAGCCCAUCUUCAUGUACCCUCCUCUGCAGAGGAGCAUCCAGAAGAGAGCUGUCAAGAAAAUGAGCGCCUUGGGCAGACAGACCUGCCUGGAGUGCAGCUUUGAGAUCCCAGACUUCCCAAACCACUUCCCCACCUACGUGCACUGCUCGCUGUGUCGCUACAGCACCUGCUGCUCCCGGGCCUACGCCAACCACAUGAUCAACAACCACGUUCCUCGGAAGAGUCCCAAGUACUUGGCUCUGUUUAAAAACUACACUGCCUGUGGUGUGAAGCUGUCCUGUUCCUCUUGUCUCUUUGUCACAUCUGAGGGUGACUCCAUGGCUGAACAUUUGGUCUUCAACCCAUCCCACGAGUUCAGCAACAUCAUUUUCCGAGGGCCUUCUUGGAUGUCACAUUCCAGGCACCUUCAGCCCCAGGACAAAAGCUUGAGGACCCCCUGUCCCACCUACUCCCCAAGUAAAGCUGCUACUGUGAAAUGCAAGCCUGUGCCACCCGCACAAGAGGAGCUGGAGCCCCAGCUGGCACCAGAAGCCUACAGCAGACCCCUGGUCUGCCAGGAGGAAGAAGAAGAAGAGGAGGAGGAAGAAGAGGAAGAAGAAGAGUGCUUGAACAUUGAGGCUCAAGAGGAGGAGCAGCCCAGCAAGGAGCUGCCAGAGGCUGGCAGCAGGAAGGAGCAGCUGUCAGUGAAGAAGCUGCGAGUUGUCCUCUUUGCCCUCUGCUGCAGCACAGAGCAGGCUGCAGAGCACUUCAGGAACCCUCAGAGGAGGAUCAAGCGUUGGCUGCGACGCUUCCAGGCCUUCCAAGAGGACAACUUGGCGUCCCUGUCAGAGGGCAAGUACCUGAGCUUGGAGGCUGAGGAGAAGCUGGCAGAGUGGGUCCUGACUCAGAGGGAGCAGCAGCUGCCAGUCAAUGAGGAGACUCUCUUCCAGAAGGCCACCAAGCUGGGGAGAUCCCUGGAAGGUGGCUUCAAGAUCUCCUACGAGUGGGCAGUGAGGUUCAUGCUGCGCCACAACCUGAGCACACACACGCGGCGAGCAGUGGCUCACCCCCUGCCCAAGGAGAUGGAGGACAGUGCCAGCUGCUUCCUGGAGUUCGUCCAGCGCCAGAUCCACACCCAGGACCUCCCCCUGGCCAUGAUUGCUGCCAUGGAUGAGGUCUCCUUCUUCCUGGACAUGGAGGUGCUGAGCAGCGAUGACCGCAAGGAGAAUGCCCUGCAGAUGGUGGGCACUGGGGAGCCCUGGUGUGAAGUGCUCCUCACCAUCCUGGCUGAUGGCAGCGUCCUGCCAGCUCUGGUGGUCUACAGGGGGCAGCUCCAGCAGCCCUCCAACGUGCCUGAGUCCAUCAUCCUGGAAGCCAAGGAGAAUGGCUACGGUGACGACGAAGUGAUGGAGAUGUGGGCAUCAAGAGUGUGGAGGAAGCACACCCGGUGCCACAACAGCAAGGCCAUGCUGGUGCUGGACUGCCACCGGUCCCACCUCUCCGAGGAGGUCCUGGCCCUGCUGAGCUCCUCCAGCACCCUGCCAGCCGUGGUGCCCGCUGGCUGCAGCUCCAAGAUCCAGCCCCUGGAUGUUUGCAUUAAAAGGACUGUGAAGAACUUCCUGCAUAAAAAGUGGAAGGAGCAAGCCAAGGAGAUGAUGGUGGACUCCACCUACGACUCGGACAUCCUCCUCCAGCUGGUUUUGUGCUGGUUGGCAGAGGUUCUGGAGAUCAUCAGUGACUCUCCUGAACUGGUCCAACAGUCCUUCUUGGUAGCCAGUGUGCUGCCCGGCCCGGAUGGCACUGCCAACUCCCCCACCCGCAAUGCUGACAUGCAGGAGGAGCUCAUCUCUUCCUUGGAGGAACAGCUCAAACUCAACAAGGAACCACCACAAGAGCUUGAAGGCCAGGAGAGGAGGACCCAAGCUGAAGAACCUACAAACCCUGAGAUCCUCCAACAGCUCUUCGAGGGGGAGAGUGAGACCGAAUCCUUCUACGGCUUUGAAGAUGCCGACUUGGAUCUGAUGGAAAUGUGACCAAACCCAAGAUCCAACACAAAAACAAAAGGUUCAUUUUUUUUUAACCAACCCAUCCUGGGCCUCCUCCCCAUCCCCCUCCCCCUGCCAAACCCAUCCUGAGCUCCCUGUGGAUUUUUGUGGGUUUUAGGCAAAACCUGUAGACAAAAAAAAAAAUCACUGAAAAACCAAUCAACCCUCCCCCCUUCCUCCUUGUUUUUUGUGCUUUUCAUUUUGAGUUUAAAAGGAGAAAAAAAAAG